AUGCCCGGUCUUUCAUUCGAUAAUCACCUGCGAAACAAAUACCUUGAAGCCCAUGGUGUUGCAGUUCCAGGAGCAACCUCUACAGGUACUACAAUUGUCGGCUGUCGCUUCGAUGGAGGCGUCGUCAUUGCUGCAGAUACUCGUGCCACCGCAGGUCCCAUCGUGGCAGAUAAAAACUGUGAAAAACUUCAUCAAAUCUCUCCUCAAAUCUGGUGUGCCGGUGCAGGUACCGCAGCAGACACAGAAAUGGUUACUCAACUUAUUUCAUCAAACAUUGAACUUCAUGCCCUUAACACAGGCCGUAAACCAAGAGUCGUCACAGCCUUAACUAUGCUUAAACAACACCUUUUCCAAUACCAAGGUCAUGUUGGUGCAUACCUCAUUGUUGCAGGUGUUGACCCUACAGGCCCUCAACUUUUUUCUAUUCAUGCUCAUGGUUCUACUGAUGUUGGGUUUUAUCUUUCUCUCGGAUCAGGUUCCAUGGCUGCUAUGGCAGUUCUCGAGGCUCGUUGGCAUAAAGAUAUUUCCAAGGAAGAAGCAAUUAACCUAGUUGCAGAUGCAAUCGAAUCUGGUAUUUGGAAUGAUUUGGGUUCUGGUUCAAAUGUUGACAUUUGUGUCAUGGAACAAGACCAACCAGCACAACUUCACCGCGGAUUCCGUAAACCAAAUGAACGUGGCAAAAAGGAACGUUCUUACAAGUUUGCAAAGGGAACAACAGGUAUCUUAUCUCAAAGUAUACGCAAUAUUGUUUCUGUAGUCGAUGUACCCUUGACAACUAUCCCCGUUGGAGGCCAUUCAGAUGCAAUGGACAUUGAUGGUUGA